AGACGCGACGAUAACGAACGAGUCGGCAUUUCAUACUUUGAAGCCGCUCCAGGAAUUUGCUUUAUAUAGCGCUCGAAACUUCUAUAGGUUUCGCGCUAGUUCAAUCUUGCCUUACGCGAAGGCUUGACUGCUCAAAAUACUAUGGUCUGCUCGAACCUUGCAUCAUAGUACCGAAGCCGAACUACAACCUGAAUAAUGGCCUCCAAAAUAAUUGUAAUUGGUGGCGUGAACUGCCAGCUCCGAGAAGUAUUCACGAAGCUGGCCAAACUCCACGUGAAACAAUCAUUCGCAUUUGCGAUUGUUGUCGGCGACCUAUUCGGCGACUGCUCGACAGAGCAGGAACUGGAUGAGAUCUCUGCGCUGUUCCAAGGGAGUAUCAGCGUGCCACUCCCGACCUACUUCACCUUGGGUAGCCGGCCUCUUCCCACCAGGGUGAUUGAAAGAAUCGAGGCGAACGACGAAGUCUGCCCGAACCUCUAUUUCCUGGGCAAACGCGGCACUCUCAAGACCUCAGAGGGUAUCCGGCUCGUCGCUCUAGGCGGCAACCUGGAGACAGAAAACCCAUCCUCCGACAAGUAUCACCCAAGCUACGCAGAGUCAGACGCCAGGGCGCUCUACGGUGCCCACAGCGCCGAUAUCCUCCUCACCCAUCAAUGGCCGAAGGGGAUCCGCACACGCUCCCAAGUCCCGAUCCCAGAGGAAGCAACCAAACCCGAAGAAGUACAAUGUAUCGCAGACCUCUGCUCAACUCUAAAACCUCGCUACCACCUCUCCUCAACGGCCGAGUUCUUCUACGAACGAGAACCCUUCUUCCACCUGCCCCCGGAAGACAACCCCGACGCCAAACCCCUAACUCGCUUCAUCAGCCUCGCAUCCUACAACAACCCCUCCAAGCAAAAAUGGAUGUACGCAUUCACGCUCGAUCCCAAAGCCCCCCACCCAUUAACCAUCCCCACCGGCGCCACCGCCUCCCCGCUGGCCCCCGUGCAAACCAAACGCAAGCCCCUAACCAGCCAAAAAGAAUCCUACAGCCGCUUCGCCGUCGACGACGAGGGCAGUAACCGUCCCCGCAAGCGUGCCCGCGGGCCCCCACCAGGCCCGGACCAGUGCUUCUUCUGCCUCUCCAACCCCAACAUCGCAACCCACCUCAUCACCUCUAUCGGCAACGAAGCCUACCUCACGACAGCCAAGGGGCCCCUCCCCACUGCCAAAACCUUCCCGACGCUCGGCUUCCCAGGCCACAUGCUCAUCAUCCCCUUCACGCACACGCCAACGCUAUCCAGCAUCGCAGACGAGCAAUCGCGGCUCGCAACCUACACAGAAAUGCACCGCUACCGACAAGCGCUGCACUCCAUGCUCAGAUCCAAAACCAACAGCGCCCUGGGCGCCGUCACCUGGGAAGUCAGCCGCGGCAACGGCAUCCACACCCACUGGCAAUUCCUGCCCGUCCCCGCCGACCUCAUCACCCGCGGCCUCGUCACCGCCGCCUUCAAAGUCGAAGCAGAGAACCUCAAAUACCCCAAGUUCGAGUCCCCGUCAUCGUCCAGCGAUCCCAGCGCCGAGCCGGGCGAUUUCUUCCGCGUCUGGAUCUGGGGUCCGAACAAGAACCCUAACUCUGACUCUGGCGCUGACUCUGAUGCCGACACUGAGACAGAGAAAACGCUGCUCUUACCGCUUGGGCCCGAGUUCAGGUUCGAUCUCCAGUUUGGGCGCAGGGUGAUGGCGAAGUUGAUGGAGCUGGAGGGCCGGAUUAAUUGGAAGAAUGAUGUGCAGUCGCAGGCGGAGGAGGAGGCGGAUGCUACUGCUUUUAAGGAUGCCUUUAAGGAGUUUGACUUUACGUUGGAAGAAUAAAAGGGAUCUACUGGGGGUUUUUGUAAUUUAGUUGUUUAUAGAGACUCUUUUUGGUGUGUUUGAAAAAGUGUGUGGGCUGUUUGAGCAUGUGGGUAUUGGAUAUAUGUGAGUGUGUGCUGCGUUGUUUGUAUCCAUUAUCUCUUGAGCUUGCCAGGGACACAGGGACAAAAUGUAACACUGCCACUCUGAUAACGAUAUAUAUUCGUGUCUUCUUUCUAUUGGUAUAGUGGUUCACUAUUCAAUAGAGUGUCCGGCUUAU